UCAAAGUUCACCAUCUUUGCUUUCCCUUCACUGCUCUCUCUCUUUCUGUAUUUCUUUUUUGUUGAUUUUGUUUCCUCAAAUUGCAAAUCAAAGCUUUCUUUCCAGCUUUAGAACACACUCUCACCAACAAUCUCACCCAACUUUUUUCCCUCUUUUAACUCCUCACUAAUUCCUAAUCCCACAAACCCUAACUCUCUCUCUCUCUCUCUCUCUCUCUCUCUCUCUCUCUCUUUAAUCCUUCCUUACAUACAUUAUUUCAAUAUAGUUGAGUAAAGUUUCUAUCUUUCUUCUGAUUCCUUGUGGAAUUACCUAAAUUUUCUGGGUGGGCUCGUCGAGAGAAACUUCAAUUGCAAUUCAUCGCUAAGCAUAUCUAUGCUAAUUGCGUUCUCUUCUUUAUUUCACUUUCUCUUUGGUUUGCUUCAAAAUCAAAGAAAAGGGGGACCUUUCUCUUUGCUUUCUUCUCUUCUAAGCAGAAGAUUAAUCGAAAAGGCAAGAGCUUAAGUCACAUUCUAAGGUGGGGUUUGUGAAGUUGUGAGCAAAAGGAACCAAAGAUGUCAUCUGAGAGUUCUUUGAGUGCUGACAUGUCGAAGAAGGUCUCAUUUUUAGGUUUGAAGGGUAUGAAACUGUGGGUUUUGAUUUGUUUAGUAGUUGGCACAUUUGUAGUUUUGGUUCUCUGCAUAUUAUCUCUAUGGAUUGCAUUCCGCCGUAAAUCCCGGAGAUCAUCUCACAAGCUGUUACCCUUCAGUCAAAUACCACGUGUGGCGAAAGAUAUCAGGGUUGAUGAUAGAGUUGGGUUUCAAGAUCACAAUGAGAAUUUAUGUAUCACCAAUGCUGAUAAAUCUAGUGACAGAAACUCGGGAAAGAUGAUGUCUUUCUUGGGAAGAACGAAGUCUAGUGAUAAUGAUAGUAUAAGUCAAUGUAGCUCUGUGCAUCAUCAUGAGAGAGCUUGUAGUUCUCACUCUGGUGAAGAUGGAAGCUUUGGAACCGCUUGGAGGCAAGCUUCCCUAUCGCAGGGCGGACUUGUAACAGCAUCUCCUUUGGUUGGUUUGCCAGAAAUAUCUCAUCUUGGCUGGGGACACUGGUUUACUCUUAGGGAUCUUCAGCUAGCCACCAACCGUUUUGCUGCCGAAAAUGUAAUCGGCGAGGGUGGUUAUGGAGUAGUUUAUAAGGGUAGACUCAUCAACGGUAACGAUGUUGCUGUAAAGAAGCUUCUUAACAAUCUGGGACAGGCUGAGAAGGAAUUCCGGGUUGAAGUUGAAGCUAUUGGUCAUGUACGGCACAAGAAUCUUGUAAGGCUUCUAGGAUAUUGCAUAGAGGGUGUUAAUAGGAUGCUUGUUUAUGAGUAUGUGAAUAGUGGUAACUUAGAACAAUGGCUACAUGGAACCAUGGGGAAACAUAGCACUCUCACUUGGGAGGCUCGCAUGAAGAUCCUUGUCGGUACUGCGCAAGCGCUUGCUUAUUUGCAUGAAGCAAUAGAACCAAAAGUAGUCCACAGAGACAUAAAAGCAAGCAAUAUCCUGAUUGAUGACGACUUCAAUGCAAAGCUUUCCGAUUUUGGGUUAGCCAAGCUCUUAGACUCGGGUGAGAGUCACAUCACGACCAGAGUCAUGGGCACCUUUGGGUAUGUCGCACCCGAAUAUGCUAAUACAGGUCUAUUGAAUGAGAAGAGUGACAUUUAUAGCUUUGGUGUCCUGCUGCUAGAGACUAUAACUGGAAGAGAUCCAGUUGACUAUGAGCGUCCAACUAAUGAGGUGAAUCUGGUUGAAUGGCUAAAGAUGAUGGUUGGAACAAGAAGAGCUGAAGAAGUUGUUGAUUCAAGGAUUGAGCCUCCACCCGCUACACGUGCUCUGAAACGUGCACUUCUUGUUGCCCUGAAAUGUGUGGAUCCUGAAGCACAGAAACGGCCUAAAAUGAGCCAGGUUGUGCGGAUGCUUGAAUCCGAUGAACACCCUUUUCGUGAGGAGCGGAGGAAUAGAAGGAGUAGAACAGCGAGUAUGGAGAUUGUCGAGACCACUGAGGAAUCAGCUGACACAAGCAAACGGCCUGGUGACUCAGAAAACCACACUACAAAACCUGAAAAGACUCAUGUAUAGGAAAUAUGUCGCAGACCCAGUGAAAAACUCAGCUAAGUAACUUCACACCCUCAAAUGCUCUACUAAUCGAUGACGAAUGAGUUUCUCCGUGCUGUGGAGAAACAAAACAAAUCCGGUAAAAGAAGAUCAAAAGAGCUGUUCCAGUUAUUUCUAACAUCCGCCAAGUAACUAAUGAUGCAAAGGGGCCAAUAUUUUUAUGGUUGAGAAGCCUUUUGUCUCUCUUGAUAUUUGUAAUUCUGGGUUCUUCUAUGUCUUGGCUUUUAGGAUGUGAAACAUUAGCCAUAGCUGAUUUGUUGUUGUACUAAGAAUUGAAUUCAUUUGUCACCCUCUCUCUUGAUUGAGACCUGUAUAUAUAAUCAAGUUGUGUGACAUAUUUCAAGUAA